AGCUUUCUAUAAGUAAGGCCAUUGAACAUGAGGAAGUGACUGACUUUAAAGUACACUCCCGUCAAGAUGGCACCGAGUGGACUGAAAGCGGUAGUUGGAGACAAAAUCCUCACUGGGGUCAUCAAGAGCGUAAAGAAAGAAGGCGAAUGGAAGGUUUUAAUUGUGGAUCACAUGACCAUGAGAAUUCUUUCCUCAUGCUGCAAGAUGUCCGACAUUUUGGCUGAGGGUGUGACUAUUGUGGAAGACAUCAACAAACGCAGGGAGCCAAUAGCAAGUUUGGAGGCCAUCUAUUUGAUUACACCAGUGGAGAAGUCAGUUCGUGCCCUAAUCAAUGAUUUUAAAGAUGCAGCAUUUACUUACAAGGCAGCACACAUCUUCUUCACUGACACCUGUCCUGACAAUCUCUUUGCUGAUAUUGGGAAAUCCAGAGUUGCCAAGUUUGCCAAGACUUUAAAAGAGAUCAAUGUUGCAUUCCUGCCCUAUGAGUCUCAGGUAUUCUCCUUGGAUGAUCCAACUUCUUUGUCCUUAUUCUACAACAACGAGAAAAGCAGUGACAGAAACAAAAUGAUGGAAAAUGUUGCAGAACAGAUUGCAACACUGUGUGACACACUUAACGAGUAUCCUGCAAUCCGAUACCGCAAGGGACCGGAAGAAAACGCUAAACUGGCUGAAGAGAUCUACCAGCGCCUUAAUGCUCACAAAGCAGACAACCCAAAAAUGGGGGAGGGUCCAGAUAAGGGACGAUCCCAACUGCUGAUUGUUGAUCGUGGGUUUGAUCCCAUCUCGCCUGUUCUGCAUGAGCUGACCUUCCAAGCAAUGGCUUAUGACUUGCUAGAUAUCAAACAAGACAUCUAUACUUACCAGUCAACCGGCAUUGGGAAUUCAAAAGCGAGAGAAGUGCUACUGGAUGAAGAUGAUGAGCUCUGGGUUCAGCUCAGGCACAUGCACAUCGCAGAUGUAACAAAGAAAGUGACAGAACUACUUCGCACCUUUUGCGAAAGCAAGAGAAUGUCUACUGACAAUGCCAAUAUUAAAGACCUUUCUCAGAUGUUAAAGAAGAUGCCACAGUAUCAGAAGGAGCUCAGCAUGUACUCGACUCAUUUGCACCUAGCAGAAGCCUGCAUGACCAAAUUCAAGUCGUCUCUUGAUAAACUCUGUGAAGUGGAGCAGGACCUGGUAAUGGGAGAAAACGCAGAGGGGGAAGCUCUAAAAGAUGCCAUGAAGAGCAUUGUUCCUGUGCUGCUCGACAAUGAUAUUGGGGCUUAUGACAAAAUCCGCAUCAUUCUGCUGUACAUUUUCCACAAGAAAAAAGGCAUUGGGCAGGAGAACCUUACCAAGCUCAUCCAGCAUGCCAACAUAACGCAGGAAGACAGCAAAAUUAUCUACAACAUACAAAACAUUGGCUGUAACAUUAUAACUGGGGGCCGCAACACUGGCAACACGCUGCCAGAGCGCAAGCAACGAAAAGAGAGUACCUACCAACUCUCUAGAUGGGCACCCACCAUCAAGGACAUCAUGGAGAAUGCUAUAGAAGACAAACUGGAUAAGAAACAGUGGCCCUUCAUCUCUAAUCCAGCACCAAUCAACACGACUCAGACUGCGGUCAGCAGUGCACGUUUUGGAAACUGGCACAAAAAUAAGUCUCCAACAGAAUAUCGCUGUGGUCCUCGCUUGAUUGUUUUUGUGGUUGGAGGGGUGUCACACUCAGAGAUGCGUUCUGCUUAUGAAGUCACUCGAAGCACUGAUGGAAAAUGGGAAGUGCUUAUUGGAUCAUCUCACAUCUUGACUCCAACCACCUUCCUUAAUGACUUGAAGGGUCUGGAAUAAAUUUCCAAUUUAUAUCUUAGUCCCUAAGUAGGUAAAAGCACAAGGAAUAAAGGAAAAGUUUUUCAUU